UCACAGGAUCGAAACCUGAGUUGGCAGGGAACGUUUAUAUGGAGCCUUACAAAACGGUUGAACCAGAUCUAAAUCUAUUUACAUUUCUUACCUCGAAAGCAACUCUAGAACACAAAUGGUGUUUUCGGAUUUUUUCGUUAGACUAGUCUAUGCUUUGCUGAAUUGUUAGCUUGUUUUGUAUGUUUAGCGUGUGUUACCAUAGCAACCGCUCUGCUUCUUUUGCGUUUACUGCUUAUUUCUCGUUUAUGUGAGGUAACUCGCUUGUAUGUUGAUGUCCAAAAUACAAACAUCAGCUCUCGUUGUCUAUGACAGAAUACGUAAGUGUUUAUGUUUUGCAGGAAUGAUGGCCAGCGGAUCAAAAUAUAAGGAGCCCAGAGUCAAUCACUACAGAACAGAGACACGACAGUUAAUACAAAUGAUGAUGCAGGAGUCUCGUCUAACGGACUUUCAGCAGAGGCAGAUCAAUAAUCAGCUGAAAAAUGGCGGCGCUCUUCCACUAACAUUUAAUCUCACCCCGCUUGAGCCCAGUGUGCAGUCAGAGCCCAAAGUCACUAGAGUGACUGCACUGACUGGUCACCAGCAGAAGCGCAGUGCAGAACAAUGUAGUGCUGGAGAUAAUUACAAACCAGACCAGUUCAAGCCUAGAGCAACACGUGAUCUAGAGAAAGAGAAGAGGCAGCUACAAAAUCUUCUUUCGACUGGUCAAAAGGAUAUUAGGCCACCUGACUUCCAAAGAGACUUAACAGAGAGAAGAGAACAACAGAUAGACCGAUUCCAAGAGGUUCUGGAUGAGAUUGAGGAGAGGAGGCAGUUUUUAGAGGACAUGAUGGCAUUGGGAAAAGGUCACCAAUACCAGCACUUCAUCAACACAGAGAUUUCCCAGAAAAUCUGUGAACUUGAAAAGAUCGACAGGAAACGCAGUGCAGAACUAAGCACACCCAAUCUUAAUGGAAAAAAGGCACAAAGCAAAGAGAGGGAUACAGAAAGAGUGAAAAUAUAAGUGUUAGACAUGUAUUAACAUUAAAGUAUAAUUUCCAAAAAAGUCAAAAC